AUGGAUAUCCUACAAAACUCCUACGAGUAUGGCAGGUCACCUCUGACCUCUUCGUCGCUCUCGAAGCCAUCCAACACGUUCUUAUUUGGCGGGAACAUUUCUCGUUCCCUUUCUCCUCUUCUCCAUGGAAUUCUUUUUCGAUCCAUGAAUGCAUCAUGGGCGUAUCAUCUGGCACAAACAACGGACAAAACCGAGUUUCUCGCAAAACUUGCCGAUCCCACAUGUGUGGGCGCGUCUAUCACCAUGCCCAACAAGGUUGCGUUUGGACCCCUUUUGGACAGUUUGACUGCAGAAGCGCGAGGAAUCGGAGCCGUGAAUACAGCCUUUGUUCGUCUUGACUCUACCGGAAAACGACGAUGGAUCGGUACAAACACUGAUUGUGUUGGAAUCCGCGAAGCCAUUCUUCAACGUGAUCCUCACGCCGUUUCUACGACAAAGGGAAAGCCGGCUAUGGUGAUUGGAGGAGGAGGUGCAGCACGGAGUGCCAUUUACGCACUGGGGAAAUGGUUCUCACCCUCUGAGAUCUACGUUGCGAAUCGAAUGAAAUCGGAAGUUGAUGACAUUGUCAAGUUUUUCUCGACAACAAUGCCAGGUAUCAAGGUCCGAUAUAUUCCGGAUUUGGAUACUGCGCACGAGCUACUUUCUCCAUCUUUGAUAAUUGGUACAAUUCCUGACUAUCCGCCUUCGGAGCCGGGAGAGGUUCUUUGUUGGCAAAUAUGCGAAUGUAUUCUUGAGAAGUCCAAGGAGGGAUUGCUGGUGGAUAUGUGCUAUAUGCCAUCAACGGAGACUCGACUUUUGUGUACGGCAAGAGAUGCUGGAUGGAGUGUUAUUCGAGGUACAGAAGUACUUGUGCGAGUAUGUGUUGCUCAGCAAGACUUGUGGUUGGAAAAGGAGUCGAACGAAAAGGGGGUGGAAGAGGCUAUCGCAGCUAUUGCCAUGCCAAAUAGUAACGUCAAGCUAUAG